AUGAUAGUGGUGCUAUUACAGCACAAGAGAUUGAUGUUGGAAUGGCAUUUCAUUGCUACCUGCUGAAAAGUGGGUUGUUGGCUUCUGUUUCCGUUGGGGCUGCACUUUUGCAGAUGUAUUCAAAGUAUGACCAGGUUGGUUUAGCUAGGAAUGUAUUUGAUCACUUGAAUAACAAAGACGUAAUUGCUUGGAGUGCAAUGAUCUUGGCAUAUGCUCAAAGUGGGCAACCCUUUAAAUCUGUGGAUGCCUUCAAAGAGAUGCUAUUGAUGAAUGAGAAGCUCAACCCUUUCACUUUUGUUAGUCUGUUACAAGCUUCUUCUUUGAUGGCAUCUCAAGAGCUUGGACAAAGCAUCCAUGGUUAUGCAAUUAAAGUUGGUUACUCGUUAAAUGCAUAUUUGAUCUCAGGCUUGAUCGAUUUGUACUGCAAAUUUGGAAAGGUUAAGCAAGGGAAGGUUCUUUUUGAUGAAAUUCCUGUCAAAGAUGUUACAUGUUGGGGUGUAAUGAUUAAUGGUUAUGGAUUGAAUGGUUGUGGAAUGGAAGCUCUUGAAACAUUCUCAACCAUGUUGGAACAUGGGAUGAAGCCAAAUGAUGUUGUUUUUCUCUCUCUUUUAUCGGCUUGUAGUCAAUGUGGACUAGAAUAUGAGGGUUGGAACUGGUUCUAUUCUAUGAAAGAGAAGUAUCGUAUUACUCCAAAACUUGCACACUAUGCCUGCAUGGUUGAUUUGCUCAGUCACCAGGGAAAUACUACAGAAGCUCUAAAUUUUGUGAAUGAAAUGCCAGUGGAGACUGAUAAAAGAAUCUGGGGAUCUCUUCUUGCUAGUUAUAGAUCAACACGUGGGUCAAUUAAUAUUGCAGAGUUUGCUGUUGAACGCCUAACUACCUUGGAUCCGCAAAACAGUAGCAACUACUACAAGAUUUUGUUAGACCUGUAUACAGACGAGCAUAGAUGGGAAGCUGUGGAGAGGCUGAGAAGAUUGAUGGAUGAGAAUGCAUUGAUGAAUAUUGCCUGAAUUGGUAGGUUAGAGCAAGUCAGAAUUAGCAUUCUCUUUAUUCUUUUAAUUAUUUCUUUACGGCGACAUAGACUGUUUCUUUCAACCAGUCUCAGUGUACAAAAGACACUUUUUUCAUUUAAAAUGAAUCUGAAUAAUAAUGAAAUGUUGUAACAAAAGAUUUAAUAUUUU